CUUGUUCUUCCAAUAUAUAUAUAUAUAUAUAAGAUCUCCCUCCCCAGGGACAGCAAGCAUUCUGUGACUUUUCGGCCAUCGAUUAUUUUAGAGAGUGAUGUUCAAAGGCGUGUCUUUGCUUUCCAAGCUGCGCUCUCGCAUUGGCGAGCAGUCUAGUCUCAAGAGUUCCGUUAGAUGGUUCCAAAUACAGAGCUCCUCUGAUCUUGAUCUUCAUUCUCAGCUGAAGGAGUUGAUUCCUGAGCAACAGGAGCGCCUGAAGAAACUUAAGUCAGAACAUGGAAAGGUUCAACUUGGAAAUAUCACUGUUGAUAUGGUGCUUGGUGGAAUGAGAGGAAUGACAGGGUUACUAUGGGAAACUUCAUUACUUGACCCAGAUGAGGGAAUUCGCUUUAGAGGUUUGUCAAUCCCAGAAUGUCAGAAGUUAUUACCAGCUGCAAAGCCCGAAGGAGAACCAUUGCCUGAGGGUCUUCUCUGGCUUCUUUUGACGGGAAAGGUACCAAGCAAAGAGCAAGUAGAUGCGUUAUCCAAGGAAUUGCGAAGUCGUGCAAGCGUCCCAGAUUAUGCGUUCAAGGCCAUUGAUGCUCUACCUGUUACAGCUCAUCCAAUGACUCAGUUUGCAACGGGUGUUAUGGCCCUCCAGGUUCAGAGUGAAUUCCAGAAGGCAUAUGAGAAGGGAAUUCAUAAAUCGAAGUACUGGGAGCCAACAUACGAAGACUCUCUUAAUUUGAUUGCUCGAGUGCCACUUGUGGCUGCUUAUGUGUACCGCAGGAUAUUCAAAGAUGGAAAAUUUAUACCGCUGGAUGACUCACUGGAUUAUGGUGGAAAUUUCUCGCACAUGUUGGGAUUUGAUAGUCCCAAAAUGCAAGAACUUAUGAGGCUUUAUGUCACUAUCCACAGUGAUCAUGAAGGUGGCAAUGUCAGUGCUCACACUGGCCACCUGGUUGCUAGUGCACUUUCAGAUCCUUACCUUUCAUUUGCUGCUGCAUUAAAUGGUUUGGCUGGACCACUCCAUGGUUUGGCUAAUCAGGAAGUUCUGCUAUGGAUCAAAUCUGUAGUAGAUGAGCGUGGAGAGGACAUAACCACAGAACAGUUGAAAGAGUAUGUCUGGGAAACUUUAAAAAGUGGCAAGGUUGUUCCUGGAUUUGGGCAUGGAGUUUUGCGUAAGACGGAUCCAAGAUACACAUGUCAGAGAGAGUUUGCAUUAAAGCACUUACCUGAUGAUCCACUGUUCCAGCUGGUUUCCAAGCUUUAUGAGGUCGUGCCUCCCAUUCUUACUGAGCUAGGCAAGGUGAAAAACCCAUGGCCCAAUGUUGAUGCUCAUAGUGGGGUGCUGCUAAACCAUUUUGGUUUAACUGAAGCUAGAUAUUUUACUGUCCUUUUUGGUGUAUCAAGAAGUAUCGGGAUUGGAUCGCAGCUGAUAUGGGACCGAGCUCUUGGAUUGGCCCUUGAAAGGCCAAAAAGUGUUACAAUGGAUUGGCUUGAAGAUUAUUGCAAGAAAGCAGUGUCAGCUUGAAAAUUGGUGGUAUGUUGCAUCAAUUAGUCUGUAAUAAUAAUGCCUGAACAAGCCUGGAUUUUGCAACAAAUGAAGGGAUGUUCCACAGUUGUCAGCUCCUCCGUUGGUUUAGUCAGAUUACGAUGAAAAUGAUUUAACCUUUGGAAAUUUGAGUUCCCCUUUACAAAUUUUGAGUUUAGUUAGAAAGAGCGUUAUUGUGCUAUAUUGACCUCUAAUUUGGUUGUUUAUAGACCACUCUGUUGGAUGUCUCUUAAUAAAAUGGGUAUUUUAUUA